GGAAGCAGACCACCCGCCCGUCGCAAACUUGACUCCCAGCAGCUGGGUGCGCCUCCAGAUCGGCGGGGGCGGGUGGGGUGCUGGCUCCUGGGAAGUGGAGCAGCAGCGGGGCCUCUCCCUGGGACACCCCCAUCAGGCUGUGACCUUCAGGCGACCUUCCAUGUGGCCUGGGCCCACGUGAUGCCCAGGGGUGAGCUGUCCUGAGCCGCUGUGGUCCAGCCGCCUGCCUGUCCGCACCCCCACACCGCGUCAUGGAGUCCAGAGGGAAGGCGGCCAGCAGCCCCAAGCCCGAUGCCAAGGCGCCCCAGGCCGGUGCGGAGGUCAGGGGCCCCCCGGCUGCGGACGGGAAAGGCCCCUCGGCCAAGCCUGGGAAGAAGGAAGCCCAAGGGGAGAAGCAGGAGCCGCCGGUGGCCCCUGCCCCGCCGCCUGCCAAGAAGACACCGGCCAAGGCGGACCCUGCCCUUCUCAACAACCACAGCAACCUGAAGCCGGCCCCCGCGGCCCCCGCGGCCCCCAGCGCAGCCCCCGAGCCCAAGGGCCCAGGCGACGGGGCCGAGGAGGACCAGGUCCCCAGUGGGGGCCCGGGAGGCCGAGGCCCCUGCCCCUUCGAGAACUUGACCCCCCUGCUGCUGGCUGGGGGGGCGGCUAUGGCAGCCGUAGCCCUGAUUCUUGGCGUGGUCUUCCUGGCUCGGAAAAAAUGACGGCUGCUGCCCAGGUUGGGGACCAGCCACCCCUGUACAGACCGUGGGAUGUGCAUGCAAAUCCUCAUAGCUGUCUACCCAUAAUCCAUAGGCAAUAGAGAUACAAGCGCCCCAGACACCGAGGGAGAGAGACAGGCUGCCCGGGGCAGUGGGGCCACGCCCCCUUAGCUGGUCCCUAGCGUGUCCCCCUCCCCCUCCCCCAGGCAGGGAUCGGCUCCUGGGUCCUGAGCAGCACAGGGUGGAGCUGUGGCCUCGGGCAGAGGGCUCAGACCGGGGCAGUGGGUGGGGUGGACCCUGAGCCGGCCAGCUUGUCCCGAGGGGCCCCAGUGGUCCAGGGGCUUCUGGCCGCUUCCUGACAAGCCCCAGGCAGGAGGGAGGCCUGAGGCAGACCGGUCCUGGCUGGGCUCUGACCUGGGCCCGGCCACAUGGGGACAUUAAAGGUGUGGCUGUUUCACCUUC